AUGGAUUCAGUCAUCGAUACAGAAGUAGUAAUCAUAGGCAAUGGCCCGUCGGCUAUAAGUCUAAGUUAUAUGCUGUCCGGCAAUUGGCCCUAUUAUACCAGUCAAUCGCAUCCCAACGAAUAUCUCCACCAAAGACUCAUUGAUGAUAAUGUGCUAAACAAGUCAUUAGUGGAACAGGACUUGGAGUUAUUGAGCGACGGUUUGGAGGGCCGUUCCAUCAAUAAAGUGUCGGUCCUUUUCGAUCACUUACAACAUCCGGAAGCGGACUUCGGGGUCGAGAACCCGUCGACACUGGAAUGGAGGCACCGCUCGGACCGGGCUAUCGACCACGUGGUCAUAGGAAAGGGACUUCCGGGCGGCGCCUGGCAUGCGAUGAACGACUGCAAAGAGAUACUCACCAUUAGUCUGGGCUCUUGGAUGCAAUUGCCAGACAUGGAUAUAAGAGAGUGGUGUUCAGAGCAUAGGCGAGAGAGUCGCGUCAGUUUGUCGACUGUCGCCAACUAUUACCACAAUUACGUCAAGACAAAGGGUUUAAUGAAAAACUUUAAACACUUCUCUUCUGUUACUUCACUCCAAUUUGACGAAAAGAUAGAGAAAUACCGAAUCGAUGGCCACGACUCCAAUGGAAAUGAUUUUCAUUACACGAGUCCGCGUGUAGUGUUGGCCACCGGUAACUGUGAUCGUGUAAACCGUUUGGAGGUUCCGGGAGAAGACUUGCCAUUUGUAUUGCAUUCGCUCAACGAAUUGGAAACAUUGAUCUCUGAAUCAAAAGUGAGGCCGACUUCAGACCCAAUUCUCAUUAUAGGCGCCGGUCUGAGCGCUGCCGAUGCCGUCAUCGCUACCCGAUUCAGAAGAGUGCCAACAAUUCACGCGUUCCGCAGACAUCCCGACGACCCGUCGCUAAUAUUCAAUCAGUUGCCGGAAAAUAUGUAUCCGGAAUACCAUUGCGUUCACUCAAAAAUGAAGGGCAAGUUUCUGUCCAAUUGUGGUUAUGAGCCGUUAGCCAUGCAUUGUGUUAAAGAAAUUAAAGCAAAUAAAGAGGUCCUUCUGGUGAACAUGAUUGGCGUCGACGACACCCAACUCACCACUUAUGUCAAAGUAAAGGUUUCCUAUGUUCUGGUGCUCAUCGGUAUGAAACCGAACCUCAAUUUCAUCAAACCUAAGAGCCUGUUGUCUGAGUUGGGCGUCAAGAAAAGGGAACGCAUUAAUCCGCGGUCUAACCCAAUAGCCAUCAACACAUAUACUCACGAAAGUCUGGUCUCACCGGGACUUUACGCGAUGGGACCAAUCGUUGGCGACAACUUUGUCCGUUUCGUACAGGGAGGCGCUCUCGCCAUCACUCACCACAUUCACCAUCAAAGCCAUCCAUCCAACCAAACAUUGCAAUAA